AAGUGCGCAGCAUGGUCGGCUGCGCACAUUGACCCCGCCUCUCUUACGCCGCAUGUACCUUUCUCGGCGGACGGGAUCCGCGUCCUGGGGAGCCCAAUAGGCCCGCAGGCGGGAUGCGCGGCGCUGGUACAGGAGCGCCUGUCAGCAGCAGCAGAGCCACUUCCGCUACUGUCACAAAUGGACCCGCAGCUGUGCCUGCUACUCCUAACACGGUGCGUGAGCCGCCGCGCCUCCUACCUUGUCAGAACGACGCCCUUGGAGGUGCUGCCAGCGGACACCUGGUCAGAGUGGGGGGAGCAGCUGCUACACACUUACCUGACGGCGGCACACACGACGAUACCCAGGGAGGAAGAAGAGCGGGGGAGAAUCUGGCGGCAGGCCGCCCUGCCCGUGACGCUGGGCGGCCUCGGCAUCACCAACCCAGCCACGGAAGGGGUGUUCGCUUACCUAGCCGCGAUCAUUUCCACGGCCCACCUGCUGCGCUCGUUCGGCGACACGUUGCACCCCUCAAUCGCCCAGAUGCUGCCGCUACUAGAUGCAGACGCGAACUCACCCUCGGCCAAUGCCCUUCGCGACAAGACCCACGAGGCCAUUGCCGCGGAUGAGCUUGGCCUGCAAGGCCCGUUUGGCAGCUUGGGUGAGGAGCAGCUGUACCAGCUGCUGGAAGACCCCACAGGCCAGGAAAAGGGAAGCGUCGCAGCGGCGAAUGCGUCGGUGGAGGUGGUGGGGGAAGUGGCUGCUGCCGCGGAGGUGCCAGCGGAGGCUGUGACGGCAGUGGGGCGGGCUGGCGGAACUGCCGCCGCUUUUGGCGGCGGCUCAACUUCACCUUCUGCCAGCCACCAGGGGGCACAACAGCAGACGCUGGAGCUGGGUCUGGUGGUGGAUCGGGAACCGUCUGAGGCGGUGGCGUUGUUUGCGUCACCGGCGCCGGUGCCGGCGGCGGUGUUGGCUGCGGCGGUGACUGCUGCGACCGCGGCAGGGAACCUGGCCGACGCCCCAGUCGAGGGGGAGGUAUCGGUGGCCGUUGUGAGCGCCGGAACAUCUGCUGCUGCCGAGGGCGCAGACACGCAGGAGCGCGACCAGGCGGCGAGCGGAAGACGGGGUCACGGGACCGGCGCCCCUGGGCGCGCCGCUCGCGGAAAGGGCGGGAGGAAGCUCCGUGCCCAGCCAGCGCCGAGGCGGCCCGGAGCAGGGCUGGGGCCUGGCGCCCCGGGUCCCCUCCGGGGCUGGAGUUGGGAUUGGCGAGACAGACACAAUCACCGUGGAUCCCGGCGGGAAGAGCGCCACAGGCUGGGCGAGGGGGGCGGAAUGACGAGAGCCGGACCGGGGAAGGAGCGCCGAUCCGUGGGGCCCGAGGCGGGGGACGCGGGGCAAGAGGUGGAAGAAGGGGCGCAAUCGUCGGCGGAAGGGAGGCGCUUGUGA